AUCUUUCAUUGGGACAGAGAGAGAGAAGGAGAGAGAUGUUGAUGUUUUGACAGGAGGAUCCGAAAUUUUGAUUAUCUGCUUAACAGCACUAGAUAUUGUGUUUUAAUUCAAGAAAUGUUGUCAUUGAACUCUUUGCGGAUUCUGUGCUCGUCCCGGGCUGCACUGCACCCGAACUGGCUGAUGACGAACCGAGUUUCUGUUUUUAAAGCUGUUACAUGUUCAACACACUGGACGUCUACCAGCUUCCCCAACAAGGACACAUGGCACUGCGACGUGAACAGCAGAGCACCAGUGAAGGAUAGAGGUUUAACUUACUCAACUAAACAAGCCAACUCACCAAGGAGUUAUUGUACGGGCCAAAUCAAACAGAACUGCUGGAACUGUAAACAAUCUUUUGACAAAGCACAAGCAUUCUUCUGCGUGUCAUGUAAUGCAGUCCAGCCCCCUGAAGAAGGGGCAUCUUACUUCAAGAUCAUGGAUUGUGACUGCACAUUCGCACUGGACACAAAAAAGCUGCAGAAAAGAUACUUGCAGCUCCAGAGGUCUCUGCAUCCUGACAACUUCAGCCAGAAAUCUGUGAAAGAACAGGAGUAUUCAGAAAGCCAGUCGUCUCUUGUGAACAAAGCAUACAAGACGCUGCAUAAGCCUUUGAGUCGCGGCCUUUACAUGCUGGAGCUGGAGGGGAUGAGUAUAGAAGAAGGCACCGACUCCGGGGCUGAUGCGGAGUUUCUAAUGGAGCUGAUGGAGAUCAAUGAAGCACUUGAUGAAGCACAGACCCCAGAAGAAACCAAUAAGAUCGCCCAAGACACCAAAGGGAAACUGGCAGACUUGACGGAGCGAACAGACACUGCCCUCCGUAAAGGGGACUUUCAAACUGCCAAAGCACUGCUUGCCCAAAUGAAAUACCAUGCAAACAUCGAAGAGAAAGUGAAAGAAAAACUUUCUCAAUUCAUGUAGUUUUUUUCCCCCUAUUCACAUUUAAUAUUUCUAUCCAAUUUUGUACAGAUGCACAGAAAUUUGUCUAGAAUUAUGUAAAAUUAUUGUUCAAGUUGAAUAAUAAAACUUGUUAUGCGUAAUACA